GCUGGUUCCCAGUAACAGUGCAGCCCUCAGACAGGAGAAUAGGAGCUCGGGGAGAGAGGAGAGGAGGUCUGUCUCCCCAGCGUGGGAGGAGAGACACACACCUGCUUAAAGAGGAGCAGAGGAAGAGAGGGAGACCUGCUGGAGAUGCAUUAGAGGACACAUGCGGCCAGAACUGUCAUUAGAAAACAGCUUUCUGUCGGAGAUCAUGGAUUCAGUCGGCAGCUCCUGACAUUUACUGAGCUGAGCGGACUGCAAGCAGAGAAAGCUGCUGGAAUUCCUACAGUGCCCUGAGGCCAGACUCACAGAGAGGCAGACAAGCACUUGGUGUAGGAUGGGAGACCCAGCAGAGGACAGAGAGAAGCUGACAAGCCAGCAGGCUCUGUGUGUCCCUGACCGGCCUGCCAGCAAACAACCCGCCAUCUCCACUCUCAAGCUGUUCAUAGUGGCGCUGUCGUUCGCCUAUUUCUCCAAGGCCUUGGCGGGAACCUACAUGAAGAGCUCCAUCACGCAGAUCGAGAGGCGCUUCGACCUCUCCAGCUCGCUCACGGGACUCAUAGAUGGCGGCUUUGAGAUGGGCAACCUGUUGUUCCUCGCUGUGGUCAGCCAUUUUGGGGCCAAGCUGCACCGGCCCAGGCUCAUCGCUGUGGGCUGUUUCGUCAUGGCUGUAGGGUCCUUUCUCACUGGCCUGCCACACUUCUUCAUGGGACGCUACAAGUAUGACACGGUCAUCCAGGGUUUUCAGAAUGAGAGUGUGAGUAUCGCUGCCUGCCUGGAUCCCAUGGUGCAAAUAGAUGUACCGGAUAUCCAGAUAGAGCCUUCAAUAGAGGAAAACACAGCCUGUGUCAGAGACUCCAGCUCCCACAUGUGGAUUUAUGUUUUCCUGGGAAAUGCUCUGCGGGGGAUCGGAGAGACCCCCGUCACACCGCUGGGUAUCUCCUACAUCGACGACUUUGCUAAAGCUGAAAAUUCUCCCUUUUACAUAGCUUGUCUGCAGACCAUCACCCUCCUCGGCCCGAUGUUUGGUUUCCUUCUGGGCUCCUAUUGUGCCAAACUGUUUGUUGAUAUUGGAUAUGUUGAUUUGGACAGUGUUACCAUCUCUCCUAAAGAUGCCCGCUGGGUGGGAGCCUGGUGGAUGGGCUUCCUGGUCUCCUCUGCCAUCCUGUUCAUUGCAGGAAUCCCCUUCUGGUUCCUGCCCCGCUCGCUGCCCAAACAAGGGGGAGACGAGGACAAGUUGCCCCCGAGCCCCGAGACCCUGGAUGGGACAGAGAAUGCUCUAAACAGCAACAACAACAACAACCAAAACGUCAAACUGAGCGACAUCGCUAAAGGGUUUCUUCCCUCGCUGAGGCGUUUGUUGGGAACUCCUACCUACUUCCUGCUCCUUUGUGCGAGCCUCCUGAAGUUCAACUCAUUCAUCGGCCUGCUCACCUUCAAAGCCAAAUACAUGGAACAACAGUUUGGACAGUCGGCAUCACGAGCCAACUUCCUCAUAGGUGUGCUGAAUCUGCCAGUGGUGGCGGUGGGGAUUUUUCUGGGAGGGCUGCUGAUGAAACGGUACAAGCUGAGCGUGGUGUCAGGAGCCCAGCUGUCCUUUGUCACCUCCUUCAUGGCGUACCUCCUCGUAUUGCUGCAGUUCGGUACCAAAUGUGACAACAUUCCUGUGGCGGGGCUCACCGUCUUAUACAAUGGGACCCCGAAUGUAUCAUACCGAGGCGAUAUGCUCUUCUCAGAGUGUAACAGUGAGUGCUCCUGUUCGGCGCAGGAGUGGGACCCUGUGUGUUCGGAGAAUGGCAUCACCUACAUCUCUCCAUGCAUGGCGGGCUGCCUCAGUUCCUCUGGAUAUGGCAAGAACACAGUUUUCCACAACUGCAGCUGUGUGUCCUCCCAUUUCCCAGGAGAGGGCAACAUGUCAGUGAGCCUGGGUCAGUGUCCCCGUUCGAAGGACUGCAGCCGCAGCUUCACCUCCUAUAUGGCUGUAUCUGUUCUCAGCUCCUUCAUCAACUCCCUUGGAGCCACUCCUGGCUACAUGGUCAUCAUACGGUGCAUCUCACCUGAGCUCAAAUCCCUUGCACUGGGUAUACAGACCCUGGUUGUUAGGACCCUUGGUGGUAUCCCUGCCCCAGUGUACUUCGGAGCCCUCAUUGAUUCAACUUGCCUGAAAUGGGCAGUGAAGAAGUGUGGGGGCAGGGGGGCCUGUCGCCUGUACCACUCUGAUAUGUACAGGAUCAUCUUCUUGGGUUUAAUCACUUGCCUCAGUGGCUCCUCCUACUUCUUCAUGAUUGCCGUCAUUAUCCUCCUCAGACGGCAGUUCAGGAAACCAGAGGCAGUGAAAGAGAUGCAACGCCCAGAAAUUGAACUCCAGAUCCCCUCGGGGCCAACUGAGGAGCAGCCUGACACUCCCAAAAUUGAAAAGCCGCCUCACACCCCUAAAGUUCAGGUGAGGGUGGUGGUGGAACUGGAGGAAGGAGAGGAGACUCACAGAACAGAGCGCCUCCCCCAAGAUGGGAGACUCCUCCCUGCUAACAAUGACGCAGGGGAGGAGCAACAACCCAGAUCUGACACUGAGACUGCCGUCGAGUUCACCGAAGCUCCCAGCGAGGGAGCGGAGGUGGAGACUGAAGGGCAGAAGACGGAGAGAGAGGUGAAAGUGGGAGAAGACAAAGUCUGUGAGGAGAUUAACGGGCAGGUGGAAAGAGAAGAGUCGGACCCUAACACAGAGGACAGCAAUGUGAUGGAGAAAUGCUCGUCUCACAGCAAAGAAACUGAUGGUCCACAAUCAUAGUGCACUCAGUCUCAAUCACAUGGCCAAAAAAGGCUAACCUUGCUCAGAUGCAUAAAUAAUAUAUGCAUAAAUUUUAUAGGAUUUUUUUUCAAAGACUGAUUGCUUUGUCUGCUGGGCAGUAGUCCCAUCUCCACUAAUAGUAAUUCUGUUCUUUUAUUAUGAUUUAGCACUGUCAGAUUGCACUUGAUCCUGUGAAAAGGUCAUGGUCAAGGACAAGCUUUAUUGUCAUUUUCAAUGCAAAAUCGUCCAAUAAAAUGCAGCUGAAGCCCCCCCACCCACCCCACCCACCAUGCCACCAUGCCACCAUGCCAGAACAUAUUCAGAAACACACUCACAAAACAAAGAAAAACAUCCAUAUUCAGAAACACUGAGUGCAAAAGAAGAUGGCGUAAAAUGAAUAGCAGCAUAAAAGGUAUAAUGACGUAAAAAGCAAGUGAAAAAAAAAGCAAACUUGUGUGUAUGAAUGCACACAUCGUGAGGUGGUGCUCAGAAUGUUGGUUAUGCUGGUCAUUUAUAAAUAGCAUUGACUGAUUGAUUGAUUGAUUGAUUGCACUGCAGCCCUCCAAGGCCCACACUGAGAGGUUUUGCACAGAACAAAGUCUUUGCCCAAAAUUCCUUCUGUUUUCAUUUACAGCAAUAAAGAGGAAGCCUUGGAUGCUGAUAAACAUCACCUGCUCUGUUAAUACAGCAUGUUACUGUUAUUACAAUGCGACAUUAUGGUAAACACUUAAUCUAAACACCAAAAUUCAUAGAUUAAGGUGAGUAAAACAGCUUUGGUUAAGGUUGGAGCAACUGAAAGUUUGGGUCAUGGUUAAAUAUAAAAAAAUCUUAAGCAAAGAAUGAAAACUUCACAUAUGGACACAUUUUUGACAAAUUACAGCCAAGUGCAUGCAUUUUGAUACUGGCUGAUGAUGCUGGCUUAUUGCUGUGGUGUUUUUGUGCUGAAUAUACUGUGAUAUGUCUCUCCUUGAAUUUUCUGAUGGUAAAGUUUUCAAUUCUGCAGGUGGCACUCUGUACUUUUUCUGUUCAGCCACCAAAAGGUCCUCUAGUUGUCCUAAACAAACUGCUGUUGUUGCUGCUGGGACAUAAAUCACAUCACUUCCUGUGUGCCUGAAGAUUGUUUCUCAUGAAAGAGCUGCCACACACCAAGCACUUGGACCUACAAAUGUAAAAUCUUUCAUGAAGUGGCUAUAAGUUGCAUCAUUAUUGCGUCAUGUAGAUAGAUGAUAGAGAAUAUCAAAACAGACAUUUGUUUAUAUGAAAACGUGGUGAAUUGAGAUUUAAAUUUUUCUCUCAUCAAA